AAAAAGGGAGCCAGUCAAAGAAAGAGACCGUCUCAACCCCUCUAACCGAACAGGCAGCAGUCUGGCAACCGCCGUCUCUUUGUUCAGCACCGGCUUUGGCAACAAAACUGUGUUUUAACAUUUUCCCUUUGAAUGCCAUCACGAAAAUUAAAAGAAAUGGACCCACACGCGACUGAACAUAUGGAUCAGUGUGGGUCUUACCCGAAGAGAAGACGACAUGACAGCGAGCAGUCUGUCUGUAGUGGGACCAGCAGCUGCUCCCCUGGCCUGGAGUACACCGAUCUGGAGGCGGCCGAGGCCCUGGUGUGCAUGAGCUCUUGGGGCCAGGCUUUCUUCCUGGGCGGCAGCAAGCCCAACCCGUGCAAGCCCCGGCCCCUCACCCCGGCCUCGGACUCCUGCGACUCCCUCCCGCUGCCGGAGCCUCCGGAGCCCCCCAGGGACUUUGUGUCCCUCUCCUCUUUGUGCAUGACUCCACCUCACAGCCCCAGUUUUGCUGAGAACCCUGCGAGUGCCGGGGCCCAGCCCAGCCCAACAGUGUGCGCACAGCCCGGCGGAGCGGGGCCCCAUCAACAUGGCCAGGCUAAAAAGACCCCCGCCCUCCCUUCUCCGCCACAGCCCUGUAGAGCCAUGGUGACCAGCGUCAUCCGCCACACAGCAGACAGGAACCCCUGCCAACAACACAUUCCAGUGGCCCCCAAUCCGGAGAAAACCACAGCCGUACGGUCAGAUACAACAGCCUGUCGGCAGCAGCAAGAGCGCAUCCCAAACCCCGAGCCCACGGCCACGCCUCCGUCUCCUCCUGCCUCUCUCACACCCUCAGAAGCAGAGCAGCUUGGCAGCCCCUUAAAACCCUGUUUGGACAGUGCCCCCACCCCCACUUCUGUCAACACCCAACCACACAUUAGCCCACCCAGUCCCGGUGUUUCCACCGCCUUGUCUCCUCCUCCGGUCGCCAGCCCUCAAAUAAUCUGCCAGAUGUUCCCCGUCAGCAGCCAAUCGGGUAUAAUCUCAGCCUUCAUCCCCAGCGCGGUUCAGGCCUCCGGCGCUGGAAUCCGGACUGCCACCACGCCCAUCUUCCCCCAGCCCACCUCAGCCAGCAGCCCGGCCGUACAGCCGUCCCUCAUUAUGGGCUCGGCGGUGCCCCAGGGGACGGUGAUGCUGGUCCUCCCUCAGUCCUCCGUCUCUCAGGUGUCCCACUGCCCUCAGACUGUCAUGACGCUGGGCAACACCAAGCUGCUACCUCUGGCCCCGGCCCCCGUCUACGUGCCGGCAGGGCCCGGCGGCAGCCCGGCCGCCACAAAGAUAGACUUUUCCCGCCGGAGGAACUAUGUCUGCAGCUUCCCAGGUUGCAGGAAGACUUAUUUCAAGAGCUCCCACCUCAAAGCCCACCUGCGCACACACACAGGUGAGAAGCCCUUCAGCUGCAGCUGGGACGGGUGCGACAAGAGGUUCGCCCGCUCUGACGAACUCUCCCGUCACCGGCGCACGCACACGGGGGAGAAGAAGUUUGUGUGCCCGGUGUGUGACAGGCGUUUCAUGCGCAGCGACCAUCUAACCAAACACGCCCGCCGGCACAUGACGGCAAAGAAGAUUCCCUCUUGGCAGGCUGACGUCCGCAACCUCAGCAAAAUGGCCGCCGGUAAAUCUCCACCCUCUAAACCAGGCAUUGCCACCCUGAGCAUGCUGGUACCUGCUGGCUCCAAUUAGGCCGCGGACCGCUGCCAUGUCACCCACUCCCAGUGUACAAGAGGGACGGAGGGAGCGGCCAGGCACACAGCUGCUCCCCUCCUACUCACGGAAAUGUAAAACGAAACAUGCACUGAACUCUUCCUGCUCUACUGCUCAUUUGUACACGUAUUUCUCCUGAAACGAUUCGUAGUUUACUUUGACAUUUUUGGUGAUAUGUACGCACUCUUGCCAAAGCCUUUGUAUGAAGUUUUGUCGUAGACAUUUCACUUUAUCCGACUCUCCCACAUCGCCUUUUCUUCGCGGUGAUACUGAUGUCUGUGUGAAUGUAUUGUUUAUUGUGACAUGAACUUCAUUUUUUUGUCAUAUUUGGGGAAAAAAGGAUGACAUGCUCAAACAAUGUAAAUAUGGAUAUUAUUCAUCAGUACUAUGAUUAUAACUUGAUUAUAUCUGCCUGGCUAACUUUUCAUAUUAUUUAAUAUCAUAUUUGUAAUAAAAA